AUGUCGCCGCCGCGGGCGCUGCUUGCUGUUCUGCUGCUCUGUCAACUGCUGUCGUACGGUGGCCACCAAGGACUAACCAAGAUAUUCUACACGUUACCUGAUGCGGGACAACCUCCCAUACUCAUCUCGCUGUCAGACAACAACAAGCUGGAUUUAGGACCAGCAGAUGACCUCCUAUUCGCAAACGAAUCCGAACACAAUGAGACUCAGAGCUUCACAAUUGUUGACGGUGAGGCAGACGGUGAGAAAGCACCUGAAACAGAAAAGGAGUCCACAGAACCGAAGCUUAUCGUUAAAGCCAAAUCCAUGCAUGAAACGAGACAAACAGAUGAAGCAUUUCAAACAACUCCCCCUGACGUGGAGACUGCAGAAUCUCAAACGGACCUCGACACAGAGGAAAACAUUCCAGUAAAGCCGGAAACGCCACAAGAGGAUAUUCCAUCGUUUUCGGAGUGGGCACAGAAGCAGUUAGCCGAAGCGGAGAAGAAGGACACCGUCUUGAACCACUCCACUCAGCCUAGUCAUAGCAAUACGAAUUUUAGCAGUAAGAGCACCAAGUUGCGGUCGAAGAAUUACGCGUCACCAGCCUGCGGCGCCAAAGUGAUCGCAGUGAAUCCAGAAGCCGGAUCGGCGAGUUCAAUUUUAUCUCCGAACAGGGAUGAGUAUAUGCUCAACACAUGCAAUAGCCGCAUUUGGUUCGUUGUGGAACUCUGCGAAGCUGUACAAGCUCAAAAAAUAGAAAUAGCCAAUUUCGAGUUGUUCUCCUCGACUCCGAAAGACAUCGCCGUGUACUUCAGUGAUCGCUUUCCCACAAGAGAGUGGGCGAGCGUAGGACAGUUCACCUCCCAAGAUAUGAGAGAUGUGCAGAGCUUCGAUCUGUUUCCGCAUCUGUUUGGGAAGUUUAUUAAGGUGGAAAUGCUCUCACACCACGGCUCUGAGCAUUACUGUCCGAUUUCCCUCUUCAAAGUUUACGGGACGUCAGAGUUUGAAGUGCUCGAAAAGGAGAGCUCCCAACACUCUGCUCAUAUCGACGAGGAUGAAGACGAUGAAAUAAUAGACGUUCCCGACGUCCCGGCAGCCGAAACGGAGCCGUCGAAGAAUCUAUUCGGUUCCGCCCGAGACGCGGUGAUGUCCAUCGUGAAGAAAGCUGCUCAAGCGUUUAAGACAGAAGUUCCUAAAAAUGUGUCCAGUGAACAAAACGAUACACUGUCGGACAAAGUGUACAAACGUUGUUGCUCUCCCAGCCAUAUUAUUGUGUGUGAUAAUUGUAGUGAAACUCUUUACAGUGAUGUAUAUGAACUCCUUAGUUGUAGCUCGGACAAAUUAACAAAUUUAGUGCGUACGGUGUUUCUUAGGGACACGCUGAAGUGCACCGGCAUAUGUCAGCAGUUCGGUUUAGAUUUUAAAAGUACAAAGACUAUUGAGUUCGGCGAGGAACGCGUCGCGUACCUUAACGCUCUGUUCCCCACUAAGUACUUGGCCGCGUUGUGUAACAUACUCGCUAUUAAAGAGAAGAAAGUCGUACUUAACACUAGUUUCGAGACGGAACUAAACGUUACCAGCAAUAUAACUGUGGACGAGUCACCGCAGAAAAUAAACAGUGAAACGAACAGCGAACAGGACGUUAAAGUAGUUCCAAUCAAAAGUAACGAAACCGACGAUGAGAAUAAAACAAUAUCCACGGAAGAAAAACUAACAGUACCUGAAGAAAAGAAUGAUAGUACUCUUAUAGAAAUAAAGGAAGACAAAAAAGAGGAAUAUAAAGAGGAUCCUGCUACAAUUAUAGAGGAUACUUCUGUACCUGAACCUCAAGAAGAUGUAGCUGAUAAGACUAUGGAAGCGCCAGAAGCGGAUAACAAAGAAGCUACGCAGAAAACUGAAUCGAAAAAUGGAAAACCAGAUAUAUCUGAAAAAACCAAAGAUAACUCAAACAAUGGCGGUGAGGAAGGAAAUGAGCCGGCAGUCAUUAUUGAUAACGACAACUUUAUGUCAGACUUUGAUCAGAUGGCGGUGGAUCCGCAGCCCGGCGGGCAAAAUGCAGUCAAUCAAAACCAGGCGCAAACCACGAUACAGAAGGAGUCUGUAUUUCUGCGGCUGUCAAAUAGAGUUAAGACACUCGAGCGCAACAUGUCUCUCUCCGGACAAUAUCUAGAAGAGUUGAGCAGGCGAUACAAGAAACAGGUGGAAGAAAUGCAGAAAUCCUUCGAGAAAACUAUGGUCCAGAUGACAGAGGAACGAAAGAAGAGCAACGAGAGGGAACAAAAAUACCUCGAACAAAUGAGUAAUCUCCAGGAACAACUCGCAAAGAUGUCAGCCACAAUAGAACUGCUGAUGGAAGAGCGAGACAGCUGGUUUGGGAACGUGACAUUCUUUAAAUUCCUCAUAUACCAAAUUAUUGCUCUUGCAGCCGUUCUAUAUUACUGGUCGAGGCGACGGAAACCUGAUCCUAUCACAGUUCACAUGCCGAAAAAAAUUAAGAAGAGACAAGAGAAGUUAAGAAGAAAAUCAGUAGAAGGAGUUAGUGGUCACGCGACCCCAGCAGCCAAGAAGAGGCGGCCCAGCGAAGAGGCUUUUCAGAUCGCUAGACAAUCCACUGAAGACGUGGACGACAUAGUGCAGGACGGUGAAUGGCAGGUUGCGAAAAAGAAUAGAAGAAGGAAGCCAUCCGUGUACCAGAAUAUAGAACCAGAACCACUCAACCAGGAAAUCAGGAAGUUAGAGGAGACUCCAAUAGCAUUGGACGCGAACGAGUACUUCGCACCUAUCCCAGAACCAAUAGAGUUCAAAGAGUUACCAAAAACUAACGGGUCUUUCUUCAAUAACCUGAAGAACAAGACUCUGAAGACGAGACGGUUGUCGUCUCCAGCCUUCUUGAGAACGCUAAAUAGACAAAGCUUAAGAAGUACUCCCAGUCCCAUAAUGAGGACGAUAGAACCAAUUUUCAAUGGAAAAAUCGGUAAGAAGGCCGCGUCAGAGUCGCCCACUGGCAGUCUCUGGUCGGAAUCCACAGAUAUAUCGCAAAAUGGACCGCAAUUUAGCGAAAACGCUGGCAAAAAGAAAAAGAGUAUAAAAAAUAUAUUGAAAAAAGUAUUUUAA